CGCAGCGCAGGCACAAAGAAGUCUUAAUUUUCAUGCUACUGAUCAUUUGCUCAAACUGAGCACGGAAUAUACUCACUCUUCUUCUCAUCCAUCAUAAAAGAGGAGACAAGAUGGGCAUCGUCGAUAUCAUCUCUUUGGCAUUGCUGCAUCCGCAAGAGCUGCGUGCUUUGGUCACGUACAAAGUAUGGCGUGAUCCUCUGAAUGAUAUCAAAACGAAUCCCGAUUCUGGUUGGGAAAGGGAAUCCAUGCAAAGAUGUUGGAAGUUACUCGAUCUUACUUCACGUAGUUUCAGUGCGGUGAUUAAAGAAUUGAAUGGUGAAUUGAGUAGGGUAAUCUGUUUAUUCUAUCUGCCUCUACGUGGAUUGGAUACAAUCGAAGAUGAUAUGACAAUCGAUCCACAAAGAAAGAUUUCUCUCUUGCGCGAUUUCUACAAACGUCUAGAACAGCCAGGAUGGACUUUCACAGAAAGCGGACCAAAUGAAAAAGAUCGCCAAUUAUUGAUCGAAUUCGAUACAGUGAUUGAAGAAUUCAACAAAUUAGGAGCAGGAUACAAAACCGUCAUCUCAGACAUUACCGCAAAGAUGGGCGCAGGAAUGGCUUCGUACAUUGAGGCAUCAGCAAAGGAGCCACUCAAAGUGGACAGAUGGCAAGACUACGAUCUCUAUUGCCAUUUCGUUGCCGGUAUUGUUGGAGAAGGUCUUUCACGCUUGUUCGCAGAAUCGGGCAUUGAGAGACCAUGGUUGGGCGAUCAAUUAACCUUGUCGAAUCACAUGGGCUUAUUCUUACAAAAGACAAACAUCAUUCGUGAUUACGCAGAAGAUUGUGCUGAAGGACGAUUCUUUUGGCCACGAGAGUGCUGGGCUCAACCAGGAGCCGAUUUCAAUUCACAGGCUGAGGUUGCACAGAAAGGCAUCAUUGAAACUUCACCAGGAAGUGGAAAAUUCAAAGCAGCACAGGGACCUGAAGGAAAGAGGGCGAUGUUUGUGCUGAAUUCGAUGUUACUAGAUGCAAUCCGUCAUGCAACGAGAGCGUUGGACUACUUGAGCCUGUUAAGAGAUCAAAGCGUUUUCAACUUUUGUGCGAUUCCACAAGUGAUGGCAAUUGCUACGCUCAAUUUGAUGCUUAACAAUCCAAAUGUGCUCAAGCGCAAUGUCAAGAUUCGCAAAUCUCAAGCUGUUCAAUUGAUCAUCAGAGCGGUCAAUCCAAGAGAUGUUUCUUAUCAAUUCCUAACGUUUGCACGCGAGAUGCGUGCCAAACUUGAUCCUUCUGAUCCCAACUUUCUCAAAUGGUCUGUUGAAUUGGGCAAGAUUGAAGUAUGGUGUGAGACGUAUUAUCCUUCUUUCAUCUCUCCUGGUUCCGAAGUACGAGAAGGGGAUGUUCGUCAAGCAGCUUUGACAAAGUAUACUAAUCAACGUCAUAGUACGGCAAAAGCAAAAGCAAUGGCAUUGGGAUUAUUGCAAGCACCUAAAACAGGAGGAGAAUUGGACCCACGUAGAGCAGGGAUGACGCAAACGGAACGUGAAGAAGAAGAGAAACGCGAACAAAAGGAAAUGGUUAAAUUCUUUGUGAUCAUCAUGGUUUUCAUCUGUUUGGUGAUGGGAGUGGUUGCACUUGCAUCUUGGAUUAUUGCUUGGUAUAUUUUCCAAGAAGGUCAAGAUCCAUUCACACUCUGGAUAGGACGAAAGUAUACCGAAUUUAUGGCAGGACAAGCCUCUGCUGUUGCACAAGAGCCGUCUUUGCUUUCUUGGCAGGGACUUCAAUCAUUACGCAAGAAGAUUGAACUUUGAGAGAUGUGGGGUAAUGGGCAAAUCGGGGAAAGUGACAUUCGAUCAAGGAUGAAGUAGGCACAAAAGACUUGCAGUACUUCAUCUUUUUAUUGUUCAGGAACGACUGGAGAUGUAACCAUCACUCCUUGUUUUAUUUGAU